AUGUCUGUGCUCGCGGCCAGCGUAUCUCAGCGGCGGCGGGGGGCAGCUCACGGUCUUGGCUCCCAGCACAAAGCCGUCAAGUAUUUAGGCCAGGACUUCGAGACCCUGAGGAGGCAGUGCUUGGACUCGGGGGUCCUGUUCAAGGACCCCGAGUUCCCAGCGUGCCCGUCAGCCUUGGGCUACAAGGACCUUGGACCACACUCCCCCCAGACUCGAGGCAUCAUCUGGAAGCGACCCCCGGAGCUGUGUGCCAGCCCUCACUUUAUCGUCGAUGGAGCCAGGCGCGCGGACAUCUGUCAGGGAGACCUGGGUGACUGCUGGCUCCUGGCGGCCCUGGCCUCCCUCACCUUGAACGAAGAGCUGCUUUACCGCGUUGUCCCCAGAGACCAGGACUUCCAGCAGAACUACGCGGGGAUCUUUCAUUUCCAGUUCUGGCGGUACGGCGAGUGGGUGGACGUGGUCGUGGACGACAGGCUGCCCACCGAGGACGGGGAGCUGCUGUUCCUUCGCUCCGGGACGGGCGGCGAGUUCUGGGGCGCCCUGCUGGAGAAGGCCUACGCCAAGCUCAACGGCUCCUACGAGGCUCUCACUGGAGGGUCUCUGGUGGAGGGGUUGCAAGAUCUCACGGGCGGCAUCUGUGAGUGUUACGACCUGAGGAAGCCUCCGGCCGGCCUCUUUCAGAUCAUCCGGAAGGCCCUCCGCGUGGGGUCUCUGCUGGCCUGCUCCAUUGAUGUCUCCAGUGCAGCUGAGGCAGAAGCAGAGACCACAACCUGCCAGAAGCUGGUGAAGAGCCACGCGUACUCGGUCACUGGCGUCGAAGAGGUGGAUUUCUGGGGCCAUCCCGAGAAGCUGGUCAGACUCCGGAACCCGUGGGGCGAAGUGGAGUGGACGGGGGCGUGGAGUGACAGUGCACCAGAGUGGAAUCACAUCGAUCCCAGGAGGAAGGAGGAGCUGGACAAGAGAGCCGAGGACGGGGAGUUCUGGAUGUCAUUUUCGGAUUUCUCGAGGCAGUUCUCCCGGCUGCAGAUCUGCAGCUUGUCCCCAGACUCCCUGAGCGGUGACCAGCUGCACAAAUGGAACCUGGUCCUGUUCAACGGCCACUGGACGCGGGGCCCCACUGCUGGGGGCUGCCCGAGCUUCCCAGCCACUCACUGGACCAAUCCCCAGUUCAAAAUCCAUCCGGACAAGGUGGAUGACGGCCAGGGGGGGCUCAGCGAGCCCCGCUGCACGGUGCUGCUGGGUCUGCUGCAGAAGAAUCGCAGGCGACGGGAGAGGACAGGACAGGGCCUGCUCAGCACCGGCCUCAGUGUCUACAAGGUACUUCCGGAGCUGGGCCGUCCUUCAUUCCACACUGGGGGGGGUCCCCAAAGAGUAAGCAAGCACCUGCAGAGGCGUCUUCCUCCCACACCAUCCCACGAGCUGCUGACCCUGGCAGGUGGCAAAGACCAGCGUGCAGCCGAGCUGGAGAACCACGGCUCCGUCUGGGGGCCCUCGGGGUCACACGGAGGUGCGUUUUCCCACUGCAUCGCACCCCCACUUUCCUGGGGCCGUGAGCCGGGCCGGCUUCUCAGGCCCCAGCCUGUGCCUCGGUCCAAGGCCGCAGACCCCGGCCAGGUCCGCCUGCCUGCUGGCUCCCAGACGCGGCAGAGCCCAGCCGACGCACCCCCGGUCCAGGACUUCUUCCUGGGCCGCCAGCCCACGGCUGGCUCCAACUGCAGCUGCCCCCGGGGGAACCUGCUGGUGCGGCCCUUCCAGGACAGCGACUUCUGCCUGAAGGUGUUCUCGCAGGGCAAGGCCACAGCCCUGGAGACGGGAGGUGUGGUAGCUGGAAACCCACAGGAGCCGCACCCCCGGGAGGUGGACCAGGAGGACAGCCAGCCCGGGAGCCUGCUGGGGAAGGUGCGGGGAAGGGCCUUCGGCUCCUUCCUCCGUGGCUCCCGGGGUGCAGGUGAGGUGGAGGCCCGGGCGCAGCUCCAGCAAGAAACAGACGUAAAAUUCGGGGGAUUCCACAUCAACACUUGCAGGGAGAUGAUCAGCUUGAUGGAUGGACCCCAGAGCCAUGGAAAGGGCACCCUGGGGCUGGCAGAAUUCAGGGUGAUCUGGCUGAAGAUUCAGAGGUACCUGUUGGUUUAUGGGGAAACCGAUCACACCCACUCGGGGGCCAUCGACGCCCACGACCUGAGGGUGGCCCUCAGGAAAGCGGGUUUCACGCUCAGCAGCCGGGGGCAGCAGACCCUUGCCCUGUGGUACAACGGCAGAUGCUGCAUCGACUUCGAUGGCUUCUCUGCCUGUGUGACCGGCCCGGAGGCCCUCUUCGAACUGUUCGGGCUGCUGGACGAGGACCAGAGUGGCAGCUCUUCCUCUUUGAGGAACCGCUUGCUGGUGGGACUUGGAGGUUCCUGGAUGUAA